CUUUCACUUUCAGAAGAACAGAAUGAAGUAACAAAAAAUGGCUGUGAAUCUAAAGAGCUGGUCUACCUCGUUCAGAUUGCUUGUCAGGGCAAAAGUUGGAUUGUUAAAAGAAGUUAUGAAGAUUUCCGUGUACUUGAUAAACAUCUUCAUCUAUGUAUUUAUGACCGACGAUUUUCUCAGCUCUCAGAACUUCCACGUUCUGACACCCUGAAGGAUAGUCCAGAGUCAGUCACUCAGAUGCUAAUGGCUUACCUGUCACGUCUUUCGGCCAUUGCUGGCAACAAGAUCAACUGUGGGCCUGCCCUUACCUGGAUGGAGAUUGAUAAUAAGGGAAAUCACCUUUUAGUUCAUGAGGAAUCAUCCAUCAACACUCCUGCUGUUGGUGCUGCCCAUGUUAUAAAAAGGUACACUGCUCGGGCUCCUGAUGAAUUAACCUUAGAGGUGGGAGAUAUUGUUUCUGUUAUCGACAUGCCCCCAAAAGUGUUAAGCACAUGGUGGAGAGGCAAGCAUGGAUUUCAGGUGGGACUCUUCCCUGGACACUGUGUUGAGUUAAUUAACCAAAAGGUUCCCCAGUCAGUGACCAACUCAGUGCCAAAACCAGUUUCUAAAAAGCACGGAAAGCUCAUUACUUUCUUACGAACAUUCAUGAAGUCUCGUCCAACAAAACAGAAGCUGAAGCAACGGGGAAUCUUGAAAGAGAGAGUAUUUGGUUGUGACUUGGGCGAGCACCUUUUGAAUUCUGGUUUUGAAGUGCCCCAAGUUCUUCAAAGCUGCACAGCAUUCAUUGAAAGAUAUGGUAUUGUGGAUGGAAUAUAUCGUCUUUCUGGAGUUGCAUCCAAUAUCCAGAGACUACGCCAUGAAUUUGAUUCUGAGCAUGUCCCCGACCUGACGAAAGAGCCAUAUGUUCAAGACAUCCAUUCUGUGGGCUCCCUCUGUAAGCUGUACUUCCGAGAGCUCCCAAAUCCUCUGCUCACCUACCAGCUGUAUGAGAAAUUUUCUGACGCCGUUUCAGCAGCAACAGAUGAAGAAAGGCUGAUAAAAAUUCAUGAUGUCAUCCAGCAGCUCCCCCCACCACACUACAGGUUAGCCAUACUUGGUGAAUACCAGGCAGAGGCAGAAACUAAUUGA